AUUUUAGUACGCCUCAGCAAGCAGCAGGAAGCAGAAAUCCAGCAGAGAGGGUCAUUGUUAUUGCAGUGCCUGGGGAUUGUGUCCACCUUGUAAACAUUUGCUGAAAUGAGGGAAAGUAACUAUCGUGUUCUGGAUGAUGAGGGCAGCAACCUGCGACAACAGAAGCUUGACAGACAGCGUGCUUUAUUGGAACAAAAGCAAAAGAAAAAGCGGCAGGAGCCCCUGAUGGUCCAGUCAAAUGUUGACAGCCGAUCACGGACCCGCCGAAUGAAGCAAUCAGAGGAGCAGGCCCCUUUGGUUGAAUCCUAUCUCAACAGUAACAGCAGUACCAUUUAUCAUGGGAUUGAUGGUCCAGCCGCCUUUCAGGAUGAUGUCCAGGAGGUGGGAAGUCAAAUUCAGAUUCUCACUGUUGGACAGUCUAGCAAUGAUGAUGAUGUGGAUACAGACACCGCAGCCAGUGCACAGCAAGCAACAAAGCAGGAUCUUCGAGUAACAAUGCAGAAGAAAGGUAUUUCGAGCAGCAUGAACUUCGAUGAGGAAGAAGAUGAAGAAGAUGAAGAUAGCUCUAGCUCUUCUCAAUUGAACAGUAACACCAGGCCUGGCUCUGCUUCCAGUAAAAAAUCUAAUAAGGAAGCAGCCUCGGUCUCAACCCCUCCAGGAACUGAUGCUCUAAUAGAGGUGGAUGACCUUGAGGAGUUUGCUGUGAGACCAGCUCCACAAGGAAUCACCAUUAAAUGCCGAAUCACAAGAGAUAAGAAGGGAAUGGACCGUGGAAUGUAUCCUACUUACUACCUCCACCUAGAAAGGGAUGAUGGAAAAAAGGUGUUCUUAUUGGCAGGAAGAAAACGAAAGAAGAGCAAAACAUCAAAUUACCUCAUCUCUAUAGACCCCACUGACCUAUCACGUGGUGGAGAGAGUUUUAUUGGCAAGCUCAGAUCAAAUCUAAUGGGCACCAAAUUUACAGUGUACGAUAAUGGAGUGAAUCCAGAAAAGGGAGGUUCAAGUUUAGAUGCAACUAACUUGCGUCAAGAGCUAGCAGCUGUAUGCUAUGAAACAAAUGUUCUGGGUUUCAAGGGACCUCGGAAGAUGAGUGUAAUCAUUCCUGGGAUGAACAUGGAUCAUGAAAGAGUGUCCAUCAGGCCACGCAAUGAGCAUGAAACAUUGCUGGCAGGGUGGCAGAACAAAAACACAGAAAGCGUAAUUGAGCUGCACAACAAAACUCCAGUAUGGAACGAUGAUACUCAAUCCUACGUCCUUAAUUUCCAUGGCCGAGUUACACAAGCUUCUGUGAAGAAUUUCCAGAUUAUUCAUGACAACGACCCGGAUUAUAUAGUGAUGCAGUUUGGCCGGGUGGCUGAAGACGUCUUUACCAUGGACUACAACUACCCAAUGUGUGCAUUGCAAGCAUUUGCGAUUGCUCUCUCAAGCUUUGAUAGUAAACUAGCUUGUGAAUAAAUGGAACAUUGGAAGUGUCAUACUGAAGGAGCAACAUGUGUUUCAAGGACAAGUUCGCUUUAUUUGCUUUUAUAUAUUGGUUGCAGAUCACAAGACAUAAUUCAUCUUCGGCAUCAUACGUUUCUUUGUAAGUCUACAGGAUGACUAAAAUUGCUUCAGGGUUCUAAAUACAGUGUAGGACCCCAUUUUAAAUAUUUUAAUGAGGCUUGUGCCUAUUUUGCUUUUUUUAAAAGUAGGCACAGUUCUUUGCAUGACCCAAAAAGGGUAAUUUUUAAAUACUGACACAGUGAUUUUGUGUGGACCUUUGAAACAAAACAUUGUCUUCAAAAGAAAAUAAAGGAAAAAACUACUAAUCUGAAAAUGGCAGCUAUAGAAUCCCAAGGGUAUUGAAUCAGAACAUGAGAGAAAUUUCUGCACAUUAACCUUUCAAGUACUAAUCCAUGUUUCAUCCCUUAUACAUAAUCAGAUUGUUCUUUUCUAAGUACUUUCCACAAAUGUCAUUAUGUUUGUUCUGACAAGACCUUAUGCAGCACAUUAAUAAUUAAAUGAAUGCCGCUGAUGUUUGGUGAUACAG